CUGUCAGCUACAAUGCCAAUAUCAAUAGCAAAUGCUGCUGUAAACAUAUUCCAAGCAUGCUGUACGAUUCUGCCAUUUGUGUCAACGAUUCCACCACCGACAACACUUCAACAGUGCCAGUGUCCCACAGAUUUGUACAGCGACAGUCUCUGCCCUAAGUAUGGACCUUGUAACAAAGAUCCCAAGGCAGUUACAUAUUAUCCUCCGCCACUGUGCCCAGUUAACAUAAACUGCGAAGAAACGGACUACUUACGAUUUCAAUUCUCUGAUGGAAGCUACAUCCAAAACGUAUGCUCUCUAAAAAUUCAAAUGCAUUAUGUGAAGAGUGGUUUUAUGCCUGCACCUGGAAGGCCUACUGUGUAA